UGUUUCAUUUUUUAAACAAUAUUUUUAAUGUAAUAUCAGAAAUUAUGGAAAUUCAUAUUACUAUGGAGGACUCAUUUUGCAGCUUCAGGAUUUUUUUCUCCCUCACUGAUUGCAUAGGUGCAUGAAAAUGUGUUUCCUGGAGUGGGAAACCUGUUAAUCAGUAAUUCCUGCAUGUGUUGACCAACCGAAGUCCUCUUACAGGGGCCUAAUGGAUUUAACAGUGCUUCUAGACUACAGAGCUGUUUACUGGGUCUUUAUAUGGAAAGUGAAAGGAGGACCCAGUUAGUCCGAUACCUCGGGUAAGUGGCUUAGGCCUGCAUUUAACCAGGACUCCCUGAGUGCUGGGGUGGUCAGGGGAGGACAGUUCUGUUUAUGGCCCACAGAUCAGCUGGGGCUAAUCUCCGCGGCACGCUCAGGCCCACGCCACAUCACGGCUGCGUGUCUUGGGUAACGACAGUUUCAUUUUUUCCCAGAAUACACAGGGCCUAACGAGCCUAAUGAGUUUAACUGUAAAUCUCGUCAGCUGAGCUUGGCGGAAAUAGGCCCACGCACCCAGAGGUUGUGUCAGGGUGAGGAGACGCCCAAACUGAUGGCCUUUUUAAACCGCCUUGGACUCUGAGAUGUUUCAUGCAAGGGAACUUUUUCAAAGAGGUAUAGUAUACUGUAGAAUACUAUAAUGUAGUAUAGCAUUUUUUAAUGGGAGUGGAUGGUUACUAUCACAUACAUUGAUGGGCCUUGUCUGUUGAGAAAUUGUUUUCAAGAUCCCAUUGCCCUUUUAUUUCUGAAUGAAAAUAAUUUGUGCCCUUCUCCUACUUGGUGUUGAGAACAUGCUAGGAACUCCAUCAGCAAAGAUAAAGCUUGCAUUGCCUCUGCCCUGAUGUCCAGCCUAGCGUAGAACAUUUUCAUUUAAGGUGCUGUAAAUGAAAAGUAAGAAACCCUUGAAGCAGCUGUGAGAUUUUUUUAGGCAAAUUUGCUGUCUUUAGAGUUUACACCUGAGGCUGGGGCAGGGCCCCUCCCUCCUGGAGCUUACUCCCGCAGGCCAGCAGCUGUCUGUCUCCCCGGACCCUCCCGGGUGAAUAUUUCAACAACCUGCCGCUUUCCAGAGGGUUAGCCUAGGAAGAGAUGGAGAAAAUGGCUUGAAGUGUGUUAGACUGCCAGAGAGCGGGGGGGGGCUGUCAUGCUUAGAUCUGAAAUAGCCGAGGCCAGAGGGAGGUGGAAUGGCAGGGAAAUGCAGCAUUGGGCCCCGCCCCUGCUCAUGAAUUAUGCAUUGGUGGUCUCCCUGGAUUGGAGCCUGCAAGAGGAAGCAGCUGGUCCAAUGGGAUGGCGGGGCAGGCAGGCUGGGGGGGCAGGCAGGCUGGGGAGCGUGCUGGAGCCCAGAGCAUGCCCAGACAAGCAGCAGCUCUCGCUCCGCGCAGCCAGACGAAUGUAGGGCAGCCGCCAAAACCGCCAGAGCCGCUACAGCCACCACGACCGCCACAGCUCCUCCACGGCGCCUGCCGGCCGCGCUUUUACCGCUGGACAUGUGACCCCCCAGCAGGGACACCCUCCCGCGUCAGCCUCAGAGGCCCCCCCCUCUCCACCCAUGCAUUCCUGCUGGAAAAUGAAGCUGCAGAAUGAGAAGACGCUUGGUCAUUCUGCAAGUCGGUCCAGCAACAUUUCAAAGGCGGGAAGCCCUACCUCCAUAAACGCACCCUGCAGUUUCUCAAGGACGUCUGUCACACCCUCGAACCAGGACAUCUGCAGUUUAAACGUGCCGGCUGUAGAUCAGGGCUCCCAGAAUGCCAAGCAGACUGCCGUGGUGCUUCUGGCUUCCAAUGGCAAAGCCCCUGGGUUGCAGGGCGUUACCGUGACCACCCUCUGGCCAGACUCCGCCCCCAGGCCCAAAUGCAGACGGCCGUUUGGUGCAGAAUGGCUGUCUCUCCUCAAGGCCCCGGGGAGCCUGCGGCCGGACGGCACGCUCAGGUUCUCUCUGUCGCUGAACGACGUGGCCCAGCGGGUGGACGGCCUGUGCAGCGGCCUGCGUUUCAUCGACAGGACGUGCUCUGAGGGCGAGCUGGGCCCCGCGCACGCCGCCGGCGCUGAAGGGGGCAGCUGGGCCAAAACGGCCCGUGGCCAGCCCGCCCGCCCGACCCCGCCCCCGCCCGUCCCCUCCCUGGUCUCGGGUUCAGGCGUCCCUGUUCUUCCCCCGGAGAGCCAGCGGAGCUCCCACCUCCGCCGCCUCCUCCUGCCCUUCUCGCGCUCCUCCACGGCGGGCAGCCAAUGUCCCUCGGAGCUGGGCGGCUUCGCCUCGCGGCUGCAGCUGGCCCACUCCUCCAGCACCCUGCUGGAGGGCCGCGAGCCCGGCUGCCCGGACGAUGCCAGCGAUGACGACGUGUUUGAGGAGGACCCCGGCUGGUCCCGGGGGUCCGGGGACCUCCGCGCCCCCGUCUGCUCUCUGGAGGGGGACAGCGACCUGGACCGCUGCCCCUCCCCGCUGUCGGAGAAAGCCGCCCCGCUCUCACCCUAUUCGCUGUCGGGCGACUAUUGCAGGAUCUGCCACUGCGAGGGGGACGAGGACAGCCCGCUGAUCACGCCCUGCCACUGCACGGGCAGCCUGCGCUUCGUGCACCAGGCCUGCCUGCAGCAGUGGAUCAAGAGCUCCGACACACGCUGCUGCGAGCUCUGCAAGUACGACUUCAUCAUGGAGACCAAGCUCAAGCCGCUUCGCAAGUGGGAGAAGCUGCAGAUGACGUCCAGUGAAAGGCGAAAGAUCAUGUGUUCGGUCACCUUCCACAUCAUUGCCAUCACGUGCGUGGUCUGGUCCCUCUACGUACUGAUCGACAGGACAGCUGAGGAAAUCAAGCAAGCCGGAAGAAUACCAGGGAUAUUGGAGUGGCCGUUCUGGACGAAGCUGGUGGUGGUGGCGAUUGGCUUCACGGGAGGACUGGUCUUCAUGUACGUGCAGUGCAAGGUUUACAUCCAGCUAUGGCGAAGACUGAAAGCCUAUAACAGAGUAAUAUACGUGCAGAACCGCCCAGAGACGUGUAAAAAACUGGUUUUGGAAAAGCCCGCCCUUAUGGAGCCGAACUUUGAGCACAAGGAAGCUCUGGUCCCCCCUCAGUCUGACACAAACUCUUCCCAGUACACAGAGACUGAGGACUACAGCAUGGAAAUCCUGCACGUGUGAUUGGCUCUCUCUCACCCCCUGCAGGACCAGCCUCGCUAUGGCCACUCUGAGCUGUGCCACACUCAAAAUAUUGUUGGAUCUAUAAAAAAAAAUAACUGACUGAGGUGCGCAUUCAUUUUCUGUGGAAUGAUGUCUGUUUCUUUUUGUUCCUGUAAGAUGUCAGCUAAUCAGUAUAAAUCAGUGUGCGUCAGUUCCAGAACAUUCCUACUACUGCCAUUUUACUGCUGUCGUACAGGACCUGAUUUCUGAGACUCAAGUUCCGAUGGAGUCUGUAAUAAUGCAUUCAAGCACUUUUAUUUUCCACGACCACAGCUCAGUUUCAUUCUUUAUAAAUUGAUUUACAAUAUGUGUAUAUUGGAAAGGAAACUUGAAGUUAAAAUAAUGAAAUACUCAUAUUUUAUACGGUGAAUUUUGUAACCCUGUAGACAUACCUUGGCUGGGAAAAGGAACACAUUGGGGAAAUGUAAUUUUACAGAAAUGCUCAUUUCACUUUCAAAAACAGAAUUAUUCUGAAAAGCAAAGUCAAGCAUGGUCUGGUUACUUACCGCAGGGCUGAUUUUUAUUGGUUGAUAACCAAAUGAUAAAAUGGAAUAAAAACAAGGUUGUGCCCAAUUCCCUUUGGAAGCUGAGAGAAUGUAAACUUUUUACAAACAAAUUUUCUACCAAUUACAGGAAAUUUAUUCUGAACAGGUGAAAUUCAUUAUCUUCAUGCAACUUUGCAAUGAACUGGUCGUGUUUUUUAUUGUGUGAAUGAUACUUCUAAUAUUAAAUGUGAUGUUGUUUGUUGGUUUGUUUAUUUGCUGAA